CAUGGCUCCAUAUAAUCAACAGAGUGAAGGGGACAAAAAUAUUAGUACUACUACUCCUCCUGUUGUUGCUGCACAAAGCAAACCAAAUCUGAAAAAGAUUCAAAUGAUGUCUAAAACAACAGGUGAAGAUAAUAUUCAAAGCAUAAAAACUUAUGUUACUAAAUUAAAAGAACGUGUGUCAAAGUUACAAUACCAAAAACAGCUACUUGUCUGCCAGGCAUUCGAGGUAGAGGAAGCAAACGAUGGUGGUGGUGGUGGGGCCUCUGAUGAGACGGAUUUUGUGGAGGAAAUGGAAUAUCCUAUCAUGCCACGUCACCUUGUGUUAUGUCAGGUACCUAUGGAACAAGCUUGUACUCCUCGAAUAAUAGUAUUGCAAUCACUCAUAUUACCAUAAAUUUCAAUCCUAUAGACUUACAAUGCAAUUUCGUUCUAGGUAUAAUUCCAUCAAUGAUAUACAACCAAUAAAACUACUUUUGUCAAACACAUAUAUGUACACUACACUAACGGCACACCUGUUGGAUUAGGGUCUGAUACGUGUUCUACAGGUGUAUAAUCGUACUGCCAUCCCACUGGAUUCAUCCCCGUUGCUUUCUUUCUUUUUACAUCUGGCAAUGUCGGCUAUCUACGUGUCAUUUCCUACAAAAUAUCUGUUUGUGAUAAUAAUUUAAAAAUAAAAUAAAAA